AUGAGAAGUGAGAAUGAACCUACCUUGUAUGUAAAGAAGGAAGGUAAUGAUUUCAUCAUUGUACGCCUUUAUGUUGACGAUAUCAUUUACACUAACUCUUCUGAGUUUCUUAUGGAUAAUUUUAAGUCUCAAAUGAUGAAUGAAUUUGAGAUGUUGAAUAUGGAGUUAUUUCAUUACUUUCUGGGCCUUGAAGUCCAUCAAAUUGAAGAUGGAAUAUUUCUUGCACAAAGGAAAUAUGGCAGAGACCUUCUCAAUGAAUUUGGCAUGCUUAAUUGCAUGCCUGUGGCUACACCAAUGAAUAUAAAUGAAAAAUUGCAGCAGGUGAAUGAAGAAGAAGAGUUGGCAGAUGCAAGGAGGUUCAGAAGUUUGGUUGGAGGUCUAAUAUAUUUGACGUACACUAGACCCGAUAUUGCAUUUUCUGUCGGUGUUGUUUCCAGAUUUAUGCAGCAACCUCCAAAGGUACAUUAUGACGCAGCAAAGAAAAUCUUGUACACAGAUAGCAAUUAUGGAAGUUCGUUGAAUGAUAGACGAAGUGUUUAA